CUCUCUUGGAAAGCCUUCAAAAUCAGGGGCAGGGAAAAAAUUCCAGAGAGAAUGUAUAGACACAGAGUGGCUAGAGAGAGUUUUUAGCCUUUUGAAUCUGAUUCUGAUCCUGUAAAUGGAAUUUGUGCGGGAAAGAGAGAGCAGUGAAGUUUGACUUGUUUACUGAUUGAUAGAUCGACGACGGAAAAGGGUUGUGAAUUCUGUUCUAUCUUCGGUGAUUCCAUAGUAUCUGAAGCUGCAUUUUGAGCUUAGGUGUAAAUCGGUGUAUCACUUGUAGAGUAUUUGACAAUUCGAACUUGCAAAGUGAAACUUGUGCGAGUACUUUCCGUGUUUGUAGUAACCAGUGCUUGACCAAUUCGAUAUUAAGCUGCGUUAGGAUUUGAAUUUCCGUCCAUCUUUGAUAUUGGCCGUGAAAGCUGCAAGAUCUGCGUCUCACGAUACUGUUCUGAUGGUAAUUUUAGUUGUCAUGAAUGAUGAAUUUCACUGUGCACAAAUGGAUGAUUUCUUCGUUCACAUUUGGCUGUUUAUCUGUAUUACUUCCGAGUUUUCGCAUUGCUAUGCUUAAAUUGGGGUAAAAUGAAACAAUUCUGUUUUAGCAUUGCUAUUAAUGGCACUCUUUUCUACUCUCAAUUUGUCUUUCGCUGAAGGACUUUCAUAUUAUAUCACUAUCUACAUUCACGGAGUGGCAAAGUUCCAUGAGAAUCCUGACUCCUGAGAAGGCUAGCUCACCAGAUUACAUUUUUUGUGUUUGCUUCCUAAUUUUCCCGUUUGCUAUUGGGCGUAUUACCGAGCUAUUGUUGUCAUUUGCGGGUAGUGAGCAGAGUAUAAAUGCCUAUCCUGCAUUAAAACUUGCCUUGAUCAUCUAAAAGAAAAGUACAGAGGUAAAACAAGAUAGCAUCAGUGUCUUGACCUUCGGCAAAAACCAUGAAAAUGCAUCUUUUGUAUGACGAUUAGUUGAGGGCAAGCCCGGGCCCAAUACAUCGUAAUGUUACCUUUGUCUUGUGUCCAAAUCAUGAGAACAAUUUCUUCAAUGUAUACUGUAUAGUGGCUCAGGUCUAUAAGCUAAGGUGUCUGGCACAAUGGGUGUACCAGGAAAAUGGAUCAAAGCAUUAGUUGGUUUGAAAAAGUCUGAAAGACGACAAUCUUCAGAGAAGGAUGAAAAUGGGACAGCUACUAGCAAGUCUCGGCAUAGGAGAAAUAAUUCUGUUGAGAUUGGUGCCGAUUUACUUCAUAAUGAGAUUGACCAGAAUGCUGCUGCAUCACCUGGAGAUGCCAAUAGCUAUUUAAUAUCAGAUGCCACUGAAUCCCCUUCUGUUUCACUUCAAGUACAAGAACAAGCUGCGAAAGAAGAAAGGACUGCAACACGCAUCCAAACUGCUUUUCGAGGAUUUCUGGCUAGAAGAGCUCUACGAGCUUUGAAAGGGCUAGUAAGGCUUCAAGCCCUCGUUAGGGGCCAUGCUGUGAGAAAACAAGCUGCAAUAACUCUCCGCUGCAUGCAAGCUUUGGUACGAGUUCAGGCUCGUGUACGAGCAAGGCGUGUUCGCUUGGCAUUGGAAAGUGAAACUACUCAACAACACUUUCAGGAACAACUUGCAAGCGAAGCUCGUGUUCGUGAAAUAGAAGAAGGGUGGUGUGACAGUAUAGGAUCUGUAGAGCAAAUUCAAGCCAAAUUGCUUAAGAGGCAGGAAGCUGCAGCCAAGCGUGAGAGAGCCAUGGCAUAUGCUCUUUCUCAUCAGUGGCAGGCAGGUUCAAGGCAGCAGGCUGCACCGUCUGCUUUUGAACCAGAUAAAAGCAGUUGGGGUUGGAACUGGUUGGAGAGAUGGAUGGCUGUCCGUCCAUGGGAGAAUCGCUUUCUUGACAUCAAUCUCAGAGAUGGGGUGAUGAUCAGUGACAAUGGGUCUGUUGAGGCAAAGAAUGGCUUCAGUUCCCAGUUAAAAUCUAAUAGCAAGAAACCAAUUGCAUCAAGUGUUCAUUCAAACCUUCUGAGUCAGAAAAUGGGUCCAUCUCACUCUGAUGGAAGUAAUUCUUCAUCCAGUAAGUCAGCAGGCAUGUUAGAUGCAUCUAACAUCCAUUUUGGCAAGCCAAAACCAAAGCCACUUCCUGAAGAGUUGGUUGAAGAAGCCUACUCAAAACCUGGUAGUGCUUCAAGAUCACAAAGUAAUCCAAAAGAGAGAACCACACAACCAGAUAAGCAGAAAAAGAAGCGAUUGUCUCUGCCUAACAGUGGUCGUCCUGGGACUCAAAUGGCUGGUAAUGCUAGAACUGCUGCCAGAGGUAUGACUGGAUCUCAUAAGCCCAUCAAUGAUAAAUCUAAGUGUGAUGGAAAGGAGGACUCCAAGUUCACAAAAUUUGUUCCACAGGCUGUUGAUCCAUAGCUUUUGAAAUGACGGUUUGUUUGGGGUAUUCUUUGUUCACGUGCUGAGGUUUCAGUAUGUAUAUAUAGGAUGGUGCUGAAAGAAGAUGCCCGCAUAUGGCUCUGGCGCUCUGCUCCCGUAACGCGAACUUGGCUCGUGUAGGAAUAAGAUUAGCUGGUUUGGUUUGUGAAUGUGGUUGUACCUCUUCAAGUCCUGUGUUGUUGCUAAUUAUGAGGCCAUGCAGUAUUUAAAUCCGAAUGGAUGUUCUUCGGAGCAAUUGAUUCAUAUUAUUAUUGUUCUGGGUUACUUUACUCAAUUCACAGGAGGUUUAAGAUUGCAUUAUUAUAUCUUCUAUGUGUGAUCAAUUGCGGAAUAUUGAAGUGAGGAAUGAAUAGCAUUAAGCCUA